GCUGUACUCUAUAACAAAAUUUCAAUAUAGGUCGAUAAACACCACAACAACUUCAUCAUUCAUUCUAAUGUGAUACACAUUCUCAAGAUAAAUCACAUUGACCAUCAUUGCACAGGAUAAUUAGUCAAUAUGUUUGCAGCUAGGGACCAAGAGAAUUUGAUUCAUGGUCAUCAACAAGUCGCUGCGGCAAAACCCCUCAAUCAAGGUACCAGAAGUUUACAACCAAAGACGCCAGGAAAUAAGUUCCCAAAGACGCCAUUGAAGGUUCCGUUGAAUGAUGAGAAUGCGCCGGGAGGAUUUGGUGGGAAAGGAUCUGUUCUUGGUACGAAAGGCAAGGGUUUAGGAGGAAAAGAUGCGACCUUUGAUAAGAAUGCUUUUGUUACACCCGUGGGUCCUCGCAAUCGAGCUCCCCUUGGUAUGAAAACUACGAAUGCGAAAACCAAAGUAUUCCAAACUCCCGUUGGUCCCGCACCUGAGAAGGAUCUCGAUAAGAUUGUAUCGAAACAAACGAGUGCUCGCAGACCGAAGCAUAAGGUCUCGGAGAAGAUCAAGAUCGAUGUACAUGGAGAUGAGAAUCCUCUAGAUGAUGUUGAAGUCGAAUAUAUGCCACCAAGAUCCAAGGAUCUACCAUAUGAUUCAGAUACCUUCCCUACUGGUUGUCUCAACUACGAUAUGCUCAAGCCAGAAAAUCUCACCAAAGGAGCGCUCGGCGAAUUUUAUAACACCAAUGAUAAGAGUGGAAGAUCAAAACUUGAGCGGGAUUUGGAGAAGUCUUCGAUUGAGCGCGCGAAGAAGAUGGAUGCGCAGAUUUUGGCGUCAAUGGAAGAGGAUUGGACUGUUGGUGAUGUCCCUGAAACAUUGAAAAAUUUGAAAAGGAAAGCAUCAUCAAAGCAAACCAAGGUGACAGUGUCCACAGAGCAGAAACCGAAGGCUCCGAUCUCAAGCAGAGGUCCUUCAGCAAUCGCGUCUCGCCGAGCAGCAUCCGCUUUGUCAACUCUCCCAAGAUCUGGAAUGGAGCCGUACAAGAGACCAUCAACAGCAAUUCCAAGGCCAACUUCAUCAUUUUUGAGAGGUAGAAAGACACCAACUUUUGCUCCUGUCACAAAUAACACUAUGCGUGCCACGGCUGCUACAGCCACAUCUAGAAGUACCAUUGGUUAUACCAAAGGUAGAUCAGCUUCUAACGUUCUUCAAAAGAAGGAUGCUCCACCUCUCACACUGAAGAGAACAAAUACUUUACCUCGCUCGACCAGCAAUCUUUCUCAUGACUCAGAUAGUACCAUUACUCCCGCCCGUUUUGCUCAGAAAGAAAAUGUGUCGAAUCCAGAGUACAAGAAAUUGGAUUUCUUGAGUGCCUUUGAGGUUGAUGAUGAGGACUUGGAACCAGCUUUUAAGUGUGGUUUGCCAGAGUGUUUGAUCAAAUUCGUUGAGGAUGAAGAGGAUUUCGUUUUGACAAUUGGAGGUACGGAAUAGGGUUCUUUUCAUUUGUAUUGAAAAGAUCGGUUCUGGUUUUGGUUGUAUCAUGAUGAUUAUGGUGUUAUGAAGGGUGUGAAAAUGGAGUACGGAUGGACAAGAAGAUACCACAGCUUGUAUACCUUUACCUAGGUGUUGCAUGGUAUACAAUAUUUUUCUCUUAUGUUAUUUGGUGCGAUUCGGUGCAAUCACUAUAUUUGUAUGAUAUGAUACAAUGAGGAGGUUAUUCUUUUAGCUAUAAGUUAGAGAGUAGUAAUUAGGACUUGUAUAUGAUUUUUCAAU